CUCAACGAAACUCAGUACAGCCGCGGCGAGCAGCUGACGCGGUAAACGUGUAGUUGACGUGGAGAAAAGUGAGUGCCGCGCGCCUUCUACCAAUAUUCGAGAGGAGAAUUCUUUUCUACAGUAGUGUAGACUACAAGGAAUAGUCUGAGACUGGUCCUACGCGCAUACGUUUUCACACUCUCCUUCCUAAAACAUCUAUUCGCAUAAUUUCGUUGAUUCCCUCACUAAUCUUUUACUUCCUUUCUUUAUGCUGCUUUUCCACAGACAUCUGUCUAUUCGCUUGAUAGUCUAUUUAUCAAGUCACGUAUUCAACAGCAAGUCAACUUGUAGUGUCAUAGCUUUCUCCGUUAUUCGUUAUAAUAUUGUAUUCUCUGUUCUGCAUGUACUGGUACGAGCGUGUGCAUGUGUGAAGUGCAGAACGAACCUCGUUCUCAGAGUGGCAAGUGUAAGUGUGGAUGUAAGGUGAGCGCGUAUACGCAACCAGAGGAUUCGCCGCUGAAGGAGCCAUAGUCGAAUGCAUGACCGUAGUGACCGCGCAAAGAAGCGCGCACGGUGAGCCAAGGAGAAAGAAGUAACAGAUUGCAAAGUCGUCUAUCAUCGCAAUGGAGUUUAUGUGGCUGUCCAGGAAUCCUAUGAAGAGAGUUGUUCUCACCGUAGCUUUGAUCAUCCUCGGUGGCACGGGACGCGUCGAUGGUGUCUCCGAAAGUAUCAUUGGAAGCCGUGAGACGUGUGACAGCGAAGGAGAAGAUUUCACAGUGGACAAAAUACCAAACACAAGAUGUUUUAACUGCAUAUGCAAGAAUGGCUUCGUUGAGUGCCUGAAACAACAGUGUCCGAGUAUAGAGGGUUGCUACACACUAUUGGAACUGAGAAACGACGAAUGUUGCCACAGGUGCAAAGGAUGUGUGCGUAAUGGGGUGCAUCAUCCCUCGGGUACUGAAUGGACCGAGGUGAACGAUCCAUGCCGAAUUCUCACGUGCAAAGCCGGUGUGAUCACGGAAUCGAAACUUCGAUGCUAUACGCCUUGCUCUAAUCCAAUUCCAGCAGCACCAGGACACUGUUGUCCAAUUUGUUUGGGAUGCUACGUCAACGGACAAAAGGUCACAGCCGAAAGAACUGUCACGACUACGGAAGAUCCUUGUGUGACUUGUAGAUGCAAUAUGGGACGUCUAACCUGCGCUAAACAGGCCUGUCCUGUUCUACAUUGUCCUGCAUCAAGAAUUGUACACGAUUCUGGAGAAUGUUGUCCCCACUGUACAGGUAGCGGACGAUUUUUCUCGCCUCCUAAAGGAGCCUGUAUGCUUGGAACGACUCUUUAUGAUUCUGGAACACAAUUCUACGUAGAUGAGUGUACUCGCUGUAGUUGCACAAAUUCAGCUAUUUCUUGUACCAAGGAAACCUGUCCUGUCUUAGAAUGCAAUAGCGAACAUCAAAGUACGCUUCCAGGACGUUGUUGUCCACAAUGUCCUCUGGUUGAACAAAGUCGAGCUUCCUGCACUUAUGGUGGCAGAACUUACGGGGAUGGCGAAUCUUGGAAGCUUGACCCUUGCAAAGCAUGCGCCUGCAUGCAAGGUAAAGUGCGCUGUGCGAUGCCCAUGUGUCCGCCAUUGAACACACCCUGCCCACCGAAUUCUCGCCUGCAGCACCCUGAGGGUCAGUGCUGUCCUCGUUGUGUCGAAAGUGAUGGUGUCUGCACAGUAUUUGGGGAUCCACACUAUCGCACCUUCGAUGGGAAAUUUUUUAGUUUCAAAGGUCCAUGCAAGUAUCAAUUGGCCAGUGACUGCGUGGGACACACCUUUAGCAUUCGUGUUACGAAUGACGCAAGAUCAACCAAAGCAUCUGCUUGGACGAAGACUAUUGCUUUGAAGGUAGGAGAAUUGAAAGUAAACUUGGGCCAAAAGAUGCGAGUUAAAGUAAAUGGAAAGAAAGUAGAAAUACCGUACAGGGUGCCACAUAGAUUAGAUAUCAACCGAACAGUGGACAGUGUUCUCGUAAGUACCCAGAUCGGAAUAAAAAUACUCUGGGACGGUAUAAGCUUCCUGGAGGUGUCUGCACCCACCUCGUAUAGAGGGCGACUCUGCGGUCUUUGUGGGAACUUUAACUCUCUCCCAAAGGACGAUUUUACUACGCGACGAGGUCGACUCUUGCAGGAUUCCCAGCGAUUUGGACAGUCUUGGGCGGUCGGUGGCAAAAAGCGUUGCGCUCGAACCCGGCUGCCGAAUGUAGACGUUUCGGGUAGACGCUGUCGAGGCCGUAAAGAUCACAGACUUUGUAAUCGAUUGAGAACCCACAUCUUCGAUCCUUGCCAUAAGAAAGUUAAUCCUACAAUGUACUACAAGGCUUGCUUGCAAGAUAUGUGCGAAUGCCCAACAAAAAAUUGCUAUUGCGAGUCCUUCAUGGCAUAUGCUCACGAAUGUAAACGGCUUGGAAUAGAAUUGCCGCAUUGGCGUAAAUCAACGCGAUGUCGUACCGUCUGGGACGUGACGGACGAUACCGGAUUUCGUCGACGACUUCGCUAGCUGAUUCUUGUUCGCCGCGGCAUCAAGCACUCUCAGGCAUCUGGAGCGCAGCAGACUCUUGACUCGCGCCGUGGCGAACUCUCGUCCAGUGGACACACGUGUAUGCAAAAUGCCUAUUUGGCCUCUUCGUACCUAGUGAUGUACGUAGCCGCGUUCAUGAAAGCACAACGGAACGGAACGGAGUGCUUCAUGAAAAGUUUACUAGUCACCACUUCAUGUCAAUACGCAUAACCGAGCACCGUGCAGUAUUUCGGCCGAUGAGCAGGCUCGCGGCAUUGCAUCUACAUCCCAGUGUUAACUCGACAGUGCGUUUAUGAUAGUUAGAUUUAAGUUAGGUUUCUCAAAACCAUAUCUACCAUAUCUUUCUCUCCCCAUAUCUGCCUUAUCUGUCUCUCUAACUAUAUAUAAUUUUAUCAUAUUACUGAUAUAGUAGCGCAAAGCAUUACGAUCUACUCUGGAACACGUAAAAUUCCGCAAUAUGGCACAAAAUAAUGUAAAUAUUAUCGAAUUUAGGAUGUUAUUAUACUAUGAAUUAGACAACUUGUAAGACGUACCCUUUUUUCAGAAUGUGACUUUAAUCAAAUUUUCAAAUACGGGAACGUACAGUCUAUUCACGACAAUAAUGUUUCUUCAACGACCAAGAUCUUAUACGUUUUAAUGUAAAUGUUUUUUGUAUUUCACAUUUGUGUCGUGGAUCGGCUAUAUUUUGGUAGUUCUUUUCUUCUGUACAUACGAAGCUCCGUGUUUUCCAUUACUUCUUACGAUUCAUCAUUUAUUUUUUAAUUCUUUUUAGUAAUUAAUUAACAGAACUGUACAUAUAUGGGGCACACUCUAAUAUCCUAUACUUCGAUAAAAUGUAUGGAAGGUUAGUGUCGAAUAGCCCAAAGUCAUAUAGAAGUUUAUUCCUUUUUCUUCUCUUUUUUUUCUAUUGUUCAGCCGUAAGGGCAAUAAAAUGAUUUAUAUUCGUA